AAUUAUCUUCGGCAUUCAUUUACCACUAAGACAUAUUAUGGAACAGAAUAUUGUGUUCAAGGUGGGUUGAUAUAUGAGCGAUACCAAAUGCGACGCUUGCCACCUUUACUAUCAUCUAAUUUUGGUCUAGAAAUAUUGAUGGGUAAAGAUGAAACGAUCGAUUUUGAAGAUUUUUUAAAUU